AUGGCCGACGACCUGUACAGCACCACGUUUUCCGCCUCUGAGUCCAACUUCCCGUCGUCGUCGUCAUCCUCGGCGUCCGCCCACUUCCUGACUCUGGAGCAGCGGGCGGCCUUCGUCUUUGUCCUCAUCCUCUUCAUCUUCCUGGGCCUGCUGAUCGUGCGGUGCUUCCGGAUCCUCCUGGACCCGUACCGCAGCAUGCCGUCCUCCACCUGGACAGACUACAUGGAGAAGGACACCUUCGACUACCGGAUUUCCUGA